GCGGAUAUUCAGAAAACGGUGCCAGAGCUGCAGACCAUAAAGCAGUUAAAAUAAACCUACAAAUGAAUAUAUACUGUAAUGAUCUAGAUUUGCAAAGAAGCCAUUAUCGCACAUUUUAAUAGUAUUUGUUUCUUUUUAAUUCGUUUAACUUUCUCCUGUUGGUGUUUAACGGCCGUAUUUGUAGCUUUACAAAGCCACCAUGGCUGAGGAGUGGAGGCCGAAGCAGUGCACUGUGGUUCUGCCCACGGAGUCAAUGAAGGCCAUGGCAGAGUCCAUAGGAGUGGGGCAGCUACAGGAGGAGAGCUGUGCUGCCCUGAGCGAGGAGGUCAGCUACAGAAUAAAGGAGAUCGCCCAGGAUGCGUUGAAAUUUAUGCACCACGGAAAGAGAUGUAAACUGACGACCAGCGACGUAGAUCAUGCUCUUAAACUGAAGAAUGUAGAGCCUCUCUAUGGCUUCCAGUCGCAGGAAUUCAUCCCGUUCCGCUUCGCCAGUGGAGGAGGGAGAGAGCUUCACUUCUACGAGGAGAAGGAGGUGGACCUCAGUGACAUCAUCAACACACCCCUCCCUAGAGUCCCCCUUGACGUUUCGCUCAAAGCUCACUGGUUAAGUAUUGAAGGUGUCCAGCCUGCUAUACCAGAGAACCCACCCCCAGCCCCCAAAGAGCAGCAGAAGACUGAAUCUACAGAGCCUCUCAAAGCGGUCAAGCCUGGUCAGGAGGAGGAGGGCUCCAUCCAGAAGGGCCAGGGAGCUACAUCUGCAGAGGCUAAAGGUAAGAAGGAUGGUCUGAUGAGGAUGAAGGCUCGCAGUACUCACGAGCUCUCAGUGGAACAGCAGCUCUACUACAAGGAGAUCACGGAGGCCUGCGUCGGAUCCUGUGAGGCCAAGAGAGCUGAGGCUCUACAGAGUAUCGCCACAGACCCCGGGCUCUACCAGAUGCUCCCCAGAUUCAGCACUUUUAUUUCUGAAGGGGUCCGUGUGAACGUGGUGCAGAACAACCUGGCCCUGCUCAUCUACCUGAUGAGGAUGGUCAAGGCCCUCAUGGACAACCCCACACUCUACUUAGAGAAAUAUCUGCAUGAGUUGAUCCCAGCGGUGGUGACGUGUAUAGUGAGUAAGCAGCUGUGUUUGCGGCCUGACGUGGACAACCACUGGGCUCUGAGGGACUUCGCUGCCCGUCUGAUGGCCCAGAGCUGUAAGACCUUCAGCACCACCACCAACAACAUCCAGUCACGCAUCACCAAGACCUUCACCAAGAGCUGGUUGGAUGACAAGACUCAGUGGACGACACGCUACGGCUGCAUCGCUGGACUGUCUGAACUAGGACCUGACGUGAUCAAGACGUUGAUCCUGCCCAGGCUCACUGUAGAAGGAGCUCGUAUCAAAGCAGUGUCUGAUGGACCUGUUGUCUCCAACAUCGAUAAGAUAGGAGCAGACCACGUCCAAAGCCUUUUACUGAAACACUGUGCCAGCGUCAUCGCUAAAACUCGUCCCCUGCCUGACAACGUGGAGCAGUACCGGGCAGACUACGGUUACCUUGGGCCCAUGCUGUGUUCUCAUGUGGUCAAGGCCAGGGCCCAGGCAGCACUACAGGCCCAGCAGGUCAACAGAACCACACUCACCAUCACACAGCCUCGGCCCACCCUAACAGUGUCUCAGAGCGGAAUAGGAGGGUCAGGGGGGUCCCGUACCCCCAGCAUCAUUAAGGUAUCCAGCUCCCUCACCCUCAUGUCCACCCGACCAGGCACCCCAACACAGCCAUCGCCCCCGUCAACCAAGUACAUCGUCAUGGCAACCAGCUCAGGGGCAUCGUCCACCCAGCAGGUGAUCACUCGGACUUCCUCCUCAGUGACCAGCACGGUCGCCAGCGCUACCUCCACGCUGCAGCCUCUGGUCAAGUUGGAGUCUGGAGGGGCCGGCGGCCUGGGGGGGUCGCGACCUCUCCAGAAGUACAUUGUGGUGUCCCUCCCCUCCUCCUCUCUGGAAAGUAAGAGUGGCGUGCUCCCUCCCUCCUCUUCUUCCGCCUCCCCCAUCUUGCUGGAAGCCGGGAUGAAGAUGGAUUGCUCAGACUCCCCCGGCGCCAGCACAUAGUCCCCGCACUGAGACUCUGGGUGUGUCCCAAAUGGCAAACAAUUCCCUUUAUAGUGCACUACUGUUGACCAGGGCCCAUAGGGCUCUGGUCAACAGUAGUGUGCUAUAUAAGGAAUAGGGUGCCGUUUGACACAGACACUGGCUUGUAAUUGGCUGAGACAGCCCUCUGAUUGGCUGAUGGUAAUAACAGAGACCUCUACCUCCGAUUGGAUAGAGGUGCCUGGGAGCGAGGACUUUUGGUGCAGGUGUGGAAACUAGCUUCUGGAGUAGCAAAGGAAUUGUCAGAAAACGGGGGAUAUUACAGUGGCAAGAAAAAAUAUGUGAACCCUUUGGAAAUACCUGGAUUUCUGCAUAAAUUGGUCAUAAAAUUUGAUCUGAUCUUCAUCUAGGUCACAACAAUAGUCAAACACAGUCUGCUUAAACUAAUAACACAAACAAUUAUGCGUUUUCAUAUAUUUAUUGUACUCACCGUGUAAACAUUCACAUACCAGCGUGUAAAAAGUAUGUGAACCCUUGGAUUUAAUAACUGGUUGACCCUCCUUUGGCAUCAAUAACCUCAACCAAACAUUUUCUGUAGUUGCGGAUCAGACCUGCACAAUUAUCAGGAGGAAUUUUGGACCAUUCCUCUUUACAAAAAUGUUUCAGUUCAGCAAUAAUCUUGGGAUGUC